AUGGCGCAGAGCUUCCGCGAUGAGCUGGCCGCGCUGCGCGGCAUGUUCCCGUCCUGGGACGUCGAUGUGCUGGAGGAGCUGCUAGAGGCGCACCAAGGAGACGUGGAGAGCACGGUGGAUUCGCUGCUGGCCAUGGACGCGACGCCUGGCGCCGCAGAGGAGCUCGCGUCGCAGCCGCCGCCUGCACCACAAGCUCAAGCCCAAGCAACUCCGAGGUCUCCUGCGCGUCGGCAGCGCAGUCCGAUGGCGUCUCCGUCGGCCUCUCCAACUAGACAGACGCGCGGACGUGUCAAGCUUCCCGACGACUUUUUGCGCCUGCCCGUGGACGAGUUCGGCAGCUUGUCCGAGCAGGAGGAGCGCGACGCGAUCCUGGCGCGCAUGCUGCAGGACCAGUUCUUCCGGGACGAAGUGCUGUCCAGUGAAGAGUUUUCGUCGCACUUCCAUGAGAACAGGUCCUCCCGGCAGAGUCAGAGUUAUCCGCCCGAAAAGACGGCAGCUGAGAUCGCGAGCGAGACGUACACGGCAAUGAGCGAGAAGUUCACCUCCAUGAGCGAAGGUGAGUGGGGUCAAGCUGACACACUGCUGAAUGCUUCGCUGGAUGUAGUCAUGAAGAACAAGAUGCACGAGAUGUACAUGCGCUUCCAGAUGCGCAACGACGCGCCUGCCGCCAGAGACCCCAAGAGCCAACGCCCGCUCAUGGAGGAUGACAGCGACUCCAGCGAGGAUGAGGACUUGAACGACAACCCGGACGUACGGCGCCGCAACAUGGACCAACGUCGCAGUCAAGGAUCGCCGAGGCGAUGGAGCCCUCGUAACUUGUCGCGGAGGUCCAACACUGGCGCCAGCGCGUACUCCAAGAAGGACGACUAA